CUUCAGCACGUGUUCCACCUCUUCACAAAGCUUCAUCAAAAUUAGCUGUUUUUUUGUUUGUUUUUUUAUGUAUGAAAAGAAAGACAACGUACGGAAAUGAAACACAGUACAAAAGAAAUCCAGUAAAGGUAAAGGUCAUAAUGUGUGCCACGAAACCGCUGGGUGACAGCAGGAGGCAGGCGAGCUGUACGCGGAGGAGCAGGCGGCGCACAAACAUGCACCGUGCAAGCGCACGAGUGGGGGCCUCGUGAACGCGCACGGUUGGGGCUGCUGUUGCUAUGAUGCAAUGGCGACUGCGCCGUGGGAAGCGAGCGAGGAGUUGAAUGAGUUCCCUCCACAGUUGAGAACAGGCAGCCGCCGACAGUGCCGAGGAGGGACAGACUAGAGGCUGGGAGACGCUGGCAAGGCCCUGUCCCAACACCCUACAUGGAAACACGGAUCCAGGUGUGUCUGCUAGCCCCGCAGCUAGCCGUGUCAUGACGUUUGGAGACAUUUCUCACACAUCUGUGCGACGUUGCAGCCACACGGGAGAGGAGGCACCAACACCCUAUUUGCUCUGAGCCUGAACCAAGUGAGGUGAGGAGGGGCUGUUGUUGUUUCAUUGAUAAUCUUCUGGGCUUGGUCGCAUUGUCCUCUCCUCACCGGGCACCAGUGGAUCCGUUCGCCCUUCGUGCUGGACCACCAUGGCUGAGAGGAGCUCCACCGGGCUGCUGACGAUGAUGUUAGAGCCCACGCCGGCUCUCGCUAUGACCCUGCCUGCUGAGGUCCGGGAGAAGCUGGCGGAGCUGGAACUGGAGCUGUCGGAGGGGGACAUCACUCAGAAGGGCUAUGAGAAGAAAAGAGGCAAGCUGUUGGCACCGUACAUCCCACAGAUACAAGGUGUAGAUCCAUCUCUGCAAAUCGACAACAGGAUCCAAGCCUCGUCCCAAGUUGCUCUUCAAGGUUCCAAAUCCAACAAGUCUCGGGCUGCCAACACCCGGGAUGAGCGCUUCAGAUCUGAUCUGCACACAGAAGCCGUCCAAGCAGCUUUGGCCAAGUACAAAGAGAGGAAGAUGCCCAUGCCCUCCAAGAGACGGUCUGUGCUAGUUCAGUCUUCUGUAGAGGCAUGCACCCCGCCAGACACCUCCUCAGCGUCAGAAGACGAGGGCUCGCUGCGCCGACAGGGACGUCUGACCACCUCCACGCCCUACCAGGGCCACAGCCACCCAGCUGUUGAGCACUGGUUUAACCGUGUCAUCCAGGGUUCGUCCACCUCAUCCUCCGCGUCAUCCACUUCAUCCCACCCGGGAGGGAGAUCCGUCACCACCACCAACACCACUGCCCACGCAGCCCUGAACGUCAAUGCCGCAGCCACCGCUCUGGCAGACCUUAUGGCACACACCCAGCUAGAUAACCACUCAGCGCCCCCUGACGUGACGGGGCUGUCGGAGCGCUCCUCGCAUCACGCAGAGCGGCCCCAUGUGGCCUCGGUGCGAGGCGUUUCCCGCGGCUUCAACCACCACACCAGCGUCAUGGAGACCGCAGAUGGAUGUGAGUGGAGAGGUGAAGGAUCCCUCACUUUAAUUGAUGGUGUUCCAGUCAACAGUCGCGUCUCCAACAAAAUCCAGCAGCUGCUCAAUACACUGAAGAGACCAAAGCGUCCACCGUUGCGCGAGUUCUUUGUUGACGACUUUGAGGAGCUUUUGGAUGUCCAGCAGCCAGAUCCCAACCAGCCAAAGCCAGAAGGCCAGCAGAUGUGUCCCCUGGAAGGGGAGCCUCUUGGGGUGGUGACCAACUGGCCUCCCUCCUUGCCAGCAGCCCUACAAAGGUGGGGAACCACUCAGCCCAAGAGCCCCUGCCUGACAGCACUCGACAAUGCUGGCAAGCCCGUCUACACACUCACCUAUGGUAAACUGUGGACCCGCAGUCAGAAACUGGCCUAUACGCUUCUUAAUAAGCUGAGCAGCAGAAAUGAGCCUCUGCUCGUGCCUGGAGACAGAGUUGCACUUGUUUUCCCCAACAAUGAUCCGGUGAUGUUCAUGGUGGCCUUCUACGGCUGUCUCCUGGCGGAGCUCGUACCUGUACCUAUUGAAGUGCCGCUGACCAGAAAGGAUGCGGGAAGUCAACAGAUCGGCUUUCUGUUGGGCAGCUGCGGCGUCACGUUGGCACUGACCACUGACGCCUGUCAGAAAGGCCUGCCCAAAGCACAAACAGGGGAGGUUGCCACUUUCAAAGGCUGGCCGCGGUUGCUGUGGUUUGUGACAGAUGGAAAACAUGUUGUGAAGCCUCCAAAAGACUGGCACCCUCCAAUACGGGAAGCCAGUAACGACAUUGCCUACAUAGAAUAUAAAACCAGCAAAGAAGGAAGCACCAUGGGAAUCACAGUGUCCCAUUCAGCCAUGCUGGCUCACUGUCAUGCCCUCACGCAGGCCUGUGGCUACACUGAAGGUGAGACGAUAACCAACGUCCUGGACUUCAAGAGAGAAGCAGGAUUAUGGCACGGUGUUCUCACUAGCGUCAUGAAUCGGAUGCAUGUGAUCAGCAUUCCCUACUCCCUGAUGAAAGUCAACCCUCUGUCUUGGAUAAUGAAGGUUCACACAUAUAAAGCUCGGGUAGCAGUGGUGAAGUCGAGGGACAUGCACUGGUCUCUGCUGGCCCAGAGAGACCAGAGAGACAUCAGCCUGAGCUCACUGCGAAUGCUUAUCGUUGCUGACGGAGCUAACCCAUGGUCGAUAUCCUCCUGCGAUGCCUUCCUCAACGUGUUUCAGUCACGUGGGCUGCGACCUGAGGUGAUCUGUCCAUGUGCCAGCUCUUCAGAAGCAAUGACUGUCGCCAUCCGCAGACCUCCAGAAAUGGGGGUUCCUCCUCCCGGGAAGGCGGUGCUGUCCAUGGGUGGGCUGAGUCAUGGGGUGAUCCGUGUGGAUACUGAGGAGAAACUCUCUGUUCUUACAGUGCAGGAUGUGGGACAGGUCAUGCCUGGAGCCUUGGUCUGUGUGGUGCGAGCCGAGGGAAUACCUUAUCUCUGUCAGACAGACGAGGUCGGAGAGAUCUGCGUGAGCUCAGGCAGCACCGGUGUCGCUUACUACGGCCUCCCAGGCAUGACCAAGAACAUCUUUGAGACUGUCCCUGUAACACCGUCUGGGAUCCCGAUCAGUGGCCGACCUUUCACUAGAACCUCACUGCUGGGCUUUGUAGGGCCAGACAGCCUUGUGUUUGUCGUGGGAAAGAUGGAUGGACUGAUGGUCGUCAGUGGGCGGAGACAUAACGCUGAUGACGUAGUUGCCACAGCGCUGGCCGUGGAGCCCAUGAAGUUUGUGUACAGGGGAAGGAUCGCAGUGUUUUCUGUGUCUGUACUGCACGACGAGAGGAUCGUCGUGGUGGCAGAGCAGAGGCCAGACGCCUCAGAGGAAGACAGCUUCCAGUGGAUGAGCCGUGUCCUCCAGGCCAUAGACAGCAUCCAUCAGGUUGGGGUGUACUGCCUGGCUCUGGUACCUGCUAACACGCUUCCUAAGGCUCCCCUCGGCGGCAUCCAUAUAUCUGAGACCAAGCAGCGCUUCCUGGAGGGUGCUUUACACCCCUGCAAUGUCCUUAUGUGCCCUCACACAUGCGUCACUAACCUGCCCAAGCCGAGACAGAAACAGCCAGAGGUUGGUCCUGCUUCUAUGAUAGUGGGCAACUUGGUGGCAGGCAAGAGGAUAGCACAAGCCUGCGGGAGAGACUUGGGACAGCUGGAGGACAAUGACCAGGCACGUAAGUUCCUCUACAUUCAGGAUGUGCUACAGUGGAGAGCUCAGGCCACUCCAGACCAUCCUCUGUUUCUGGUUCUCAAUGCUAAGGGCACAGUGUCCAGCUCAGCUUCCUGUCUGCAGCUGCACAAGCGAGCAGAGCGAGUGGCAGCAGCUCUGAUGGGACGCCUGAACACUGGAGACCACGUAGCACUCGUCUAUCCGCCAGGAAUUGACCUGAUUGCCACUUUCUACGGCUGCCUGUACGCUGGCUGUGUGCCGGUCACCGUCAGACCGCCGCAUCCACAGAACCUGGCCACCACUCUGCCCACCGUCAAAAUGAUCGUUGAGGUCAGCAAGUCAGUGUGCAUCCUGACAACCCAAGCAAUAACGAAGCUGCUGAAAUCCAAAGAAGCUGCUGCUGCUGUGGACAUCAAGAGCUGGCCCACCGUGCUGGACACUGAUGAUCUCCCCAGGAAGAAGAGCCCCCAGAUGUACAAGCCCCCAACCCCAGAGAUGCUGGCUUACCUGGACUUCAGUGUGUCCACGACAGGCAUCCUGGCAGGGGUCAAAAUGUCUCAUGCUGCCACCAGUGCCUUGUGUCGCUCCAUUAAGCUGCAGUGUGAGCUCUACCCAUCCCGGCAGAUCGCCAUCUGUCUGGACCCGUACUGCGGCCUGGGCUUUGCUCUCUGGUGCCUGUGCAGUGUGUACUCGGGCCAUCAGUCGAUCCUGGUUCCACCGCUGGAGUUGGAGAGCAACGCAUCUCUGUGGCUUGCAGCCGUCAGCCAGUACAAAGUGCGCGUCACGUUCUGCUCGUACUCAGUCAUGGAGAUGUGCACCAAAGGACUGGGUUCACAGACAGAAGCACUGCGGCUGAGAAAUGUGAACCUGUCCUGUGUGCGUACCUGCAUGGUGGUAGCAGAGGAAAGGCCCCGCAUAGCCCUCACUCAGUCCUUCUCGAAGAUCUUCAAAGACCUGGGGCUUUCACCGAGAGCUGUGAGCACCACCUUCGGCUGCAGGGUGAACGUAGCGAUCUGUUUGCAGCCCAACAGGUUAGGGAAACUGGCUGAGCAGGGUACAGCUGGACCAGAUCCCACCACAGUUUUUGUGGACAUGAGAGCACUACGGCACGAUAGGGUUCGCCUGGUUGAGAGAGGGUCACCGCACAGCCUGCCACUGAUGGAGUCUGGAAAGAUCCUCCCUGGAGUAAAAGUCAUCAUUGCAAACACGGAGACUAAAGGACCCUUGGGAGACUCCCAUCUAGGAGAGAUCUGGGUGAGCAGUCCCCACAAUGCCACAGGAUACUACACAGUUUAUGGGGAGGAGGCGCUGCAUGCUGACCACUUCAACACCAAGCUGAGCUUCGGGGACACUCAGACAGUCUGGGCAAGGACCGGCUACCUGGGCUUCCUGCGGCGCACUGAGCUGACCGAUGCCAGCGGAGAGCGUCACGACGCCCUCUAUGUGGUGGGCUCUCUUGAUGAGACUCUGGAGCUGAGGGGGAUGAGGUAUCACCCAAUUGACAUCGAGACCUCUGUUAUCCGUUCUCACAAGAGCAUAGCUGAAUGUGCGGUGUUCACAUGGACCAACCUGCUCGUGGUGGUUGUAGAACUGGAGGGAUCUGAGCAGGAGGCCCUCGACCUGGUGGCCCUGGUCACCAAUGUGGUCCUGGAGGAGCACUACCUCAUCGUAGGGGUGGUGGUGGUGGUAGACCCCGGCGUCAUCCCCAUCAACUCCAGAGGGGAGAAACAACGCAUGCACCUCAGAGAUGGAUUCCUGGCUGACCAGCUGGAUCCCAUAUAUGUGGCUUACAACAUGUGAGGAGCUAAUUGUGGCAGGGUUGACCCCCACUACCCUAUGUGGCUUUAUGACACUACAGGAGACAGCAGGACAAGCAUCUACAGGGGCUUGUAGCAGUUGCAGGCUCGAUCUCUGGAUGGCUUCGGUUGUGCAAAAGCGAUCUGCCCGCUUAUUUUUUUUCUACUCGUGCAGGAAAAAUGUGAAAGAAACAUGGAUGCAAAACUUGGACACAAACCUCAAGCCUGUUUCUCUCAAUUUCUGGUCUCAGCAAAUAACUUUUUAAAGGGCAUUCUUGUGUUAUUGAAGUGAGUUUUGUAUGUAUGACAAAACCUCAUCUAAACCCAGGACAGCUGAGAGCGGCAGAGCAGGUGGUUACGGUAUGAUACAGCGGUGUGCCAUUGACAUAAUUUAUUUUGUCAAUUUCAAAAAUGUUGAAUGUUAACUGUGUUUGCCAAACACUUGUGCCAUAGAAGAGAACUGAUGCCAGUACCCAAACCCUGACUCGAACGACCUCCGACGCGUUUCAUGUUCAGCCUCCUGCACCAUUACUGGUCCGAUGCUUUUCACGGGAUUUGCCGCUACACCUGUAGGAGCAGCUGCACCCUGAAAUGAACCCCAGAUUUUUAUUCUGCAGCUCAGUACAGAUCAAGUUAUCGCAACAAUAAAGAAGCACACAGCAGCGGCGUCCGAGGAGAAGGAGGAGCAGUUCGUGUUAUUUUUUUUCUCGCUCAUUUGUGCUUUAGUUUGUAGUGCCAGUAGCUUCCACAUAAUGCUGUGGUAACUCAGUCUCAUCGUUUUCUAAUUCUGAAAUGUGUAACAGAGUUUUAUGUGAACAAAAAUGCAAUAUGAGUGAUGUGAAAGAUGAAUGACUGCAUACAGUAAGUGCCGAUCAGUCGAAGAAUAACGUGCUAAACGAUAAAAGCCUUAAGUAUUUUUUUCAGACGUCUGUUCCAGUCCCAGCUGGAGUUUAUCAGCUGUUGGAUAUGGGGGGGGGGGGGGGUAAAUAUGCAGAUGGAGGUUAGAAAUAGCAAAUUUCGCUCUUAUCGUACCCAAAGGUUUGCAUCUUUUUGGCUAAGAUAAAUAUACUUGAUCCUAACAUCAGCCAUUACAAACACACACUCAUUCAUUCCAUAAAUAUUUUAAUGUGCGUCCCUGUCAGCUGUGUCGAGUGUGUGUUUUAUAGCAAAAGACUGGAAGAAGUGGGUGUGGCUUUUGUUGCAGAAUGUCAGACUCAUUUUGAGUGACUGAAAGUUGUUGGGUUUUAAGGCAAAUGUCUAAUAUGCUCAUAACACCCAGACCUCCCAUCGUAUCACGUCAACUUUCUUGCUUCUUUUUUCUAUGUGCACAACCCUUCAGAAACAGGCAUCAGCCUGCUGUAAGUAUGUACAGAUUUUGUGUAAAUUAUUGAUUGAAGGAUUAGACAACAGGAAGCAGAACACAAAGACUAAAUCUGGUAUAUAUGUGAACUUCUCCCUUACAAACAGAAGGUUAUUUGCAAAGGAUUUUCAUGUGGAAACACUGGAAGGAGACGUGAAAAGCCUUGUAGACAUUUUUAUGGUAUGAAACAACAGCAGGAUGAGGUGAAGUACACGCCAAGCACAAACAGAACACAGUUAUGCUCUGGUGACGGCGGAGAUGUCACAGCCUUUACAGCAAAACGUUGUUAACAUAUGGAAAGAUGCAUUUGUCUGAUAUAUGGUUAGUUGUCAUUAUUUUCAUAACAUGAUUUCAUAAUGAAUAAAAAAAGUUCUUUUAACUUGAA